UUUUCAUUUUUCAUUUUCUUCCCUUUUCUCUCUCUCUUUCUAUAUAUAAAUAUUUACUUUAUCACAACUACAUCCCCAUUAACCUCUGCUUGUUAAAGGAACUUUCUUACUCAGUCAUCACUCAUCUGCGCGUCAAAAAAGUCAACUUCCCUUUCUUUUCUUUUCUUUUCUUUUUACUUUCUUAAUUUUUCUGCUUUAUACUCUUUUAUCACCACUUUGGAAUGCGCCAACAAGUAUCGCCAUCAACUCAUCCUCCAGGAAAAAUAGUAUUUGCUAAGCUGAAAGGAUACCCCUGGUGGCCUGCAAGAAUUGCAAAUGAACAAGACGUACCUCAGAAGGUACUUGUGAAAAAGGCAAAGACAAAAUGCCCUCUUUGGACAGUGCGUUUCUUUGGAACAAAAGACUAUGGAUUUGUGGGAGCGGACAAUAUCAAGCCUUUCAAGAAUGAAGAUGUAGAAAAGGAUCUGAGUGAAAAAAAAUUCAAAAGCAAAGAUCUUGAAGAUGCGGUGCGUCAUGCACUGGAUCCAUCGGAAGAAGAUCCCAUAAUACCGGAUCAAGACAGUCCGUCACCGUCCCCAGCAUCGCCACCGUCCCCACCAUCCAAAUCACACCAAAAGUCCACCCGGAAGAAAGCCGACGCACCCAAAAAGACUGAGACUAAAAGGAAAAGAGCUAAAAAGGAAAAAGCGGGGACUAAUGAACCAGACGAGCCACCCAAGAAGAGACAGUAUCGCAAACAAGUCAAAGGUGAUGAUACCGAAGAGGUGUCUAGUAAAGAUAUUAAGAGGUUUAAAUCAAGCUCAAAUGGGAAUGUGAAUGGAGCUGGUAGAGCUGGAGUUGGAUAUGGUAAUGGUUUUGAUGGUGGUCUUGGUCUUGGUAGCAUACCUGCAAUCAGACCAGAUCCACCAUCACCAGUACCAGCACCGGUACCAGCGCCUAUAGCUCAACAACAACAAUAUCAACAUCAAGAGCAACAUGAACAUGAACAUGAACAGGAACAGGAACAGGCACAAGCACAGGCACAGGCACAAGCACAGGAACAUGAACAGAUACAGGUACAGGUACAGGAACAACGACAGGAUGAACAACACAGACAACAACACAGACAACAACACAAACAUCAGCAACCGAUUCUUAAUGAACAUACUAAAGGGCGGGAUUUGGAUAUUGACCAAGCAGAUUCGGUUGAAAAGCAAGUGUUUAAAAAGGUUUAUCACAUCCGGCACAAGCUACAAAAGCUGGUUUAUUGCAAGAAGCCUGGCGAGAUUCCAAAAGAAGAUUAUAGCAAGAUCAAUUUGGUUAUUAAAGAGAUUGAGGACAUUCAUAUGAACUAUCACUUGCUAAAGGAAACAAAGAUGGGUAAAGUUGUCAAGGCUGCAUGCUCCUACAGUUACGAGGGUGAGAAUGAAUACAGCAUUAAAGAACGGUGCCAACAAUUGCUCAGGACCUGGAAAACCGAAGUACUUGUCACCAACGAAAGCAGCAAUUCAGAGUUACUCUUGGCAAACACUGUAGAGUCUGUAAGAUCCAGAAACCACAUACAGCUGGAAGACAGAACUUUACCUUUGCUUGGUCAUUCAGAAGAUGCUGUUCUGCAAAGGGUCUGAAAUUAAUUAUUAAUUAAUCAAUCAAUCAAUUACUCCACUCACAUAUCUUCCUUUUUCAAUUAUCCUUCAUCUUCUUGCCCGCCAUUCACAAAUACCCACUCUCGCCUUUACCUUUACCUUUACCUUUACCUUCACCCUCGCUUUCACCACAAUACCCGUACAAAACCUCUCUCCUCUCUAUCUAUCUAUCUAUCUAUCUAUUCACUAUCUUUCUUACCCUUAUCUACUUUUUAUCUACUUUUUAUCUACCUAUUUAUCUAUUUAUCUAUUUAUCUAUCUUUCUUUUAUAUUUGCAGCUGUUGUUAUUUUCUUCAUUUUUUAUUUACAUCUUUUGUAUUUUGCUUUUCUUUUUUUUUUUAUUUCUUUCGAUUUCCUUCUUCUUCUUUUCAAUUAAAUAAAUUGUUACCAAAAAAAUCAAACC